GAGGUGUGUGGGGUGGUUUUGCUGCUGCCCGAGAGUUCACUCCUUCCUCGCCGGAGCUCGGUGCCGUGUGCGGUGGUCUCCAUCUCUUGCAACAUCUUAUUAACUCCUCAGUGGUGUCUCACUAUUCGCGAUUACCAUCCACUAUUACUGACGUAGUUGGGAUCUCAGUCACACGUAGUUCAGUGACCUGUUACCUGUGCUUUGGGGUAGAUAAACACUUGGUCUUGCUACACCCGACGUUUUGGGCCGGAACUGAAGGCUACGUGUGUCACAAUACACGUGUCACAGGUGUCACAAUACACGUGACACAGGUGUCACAAUACACAUGUCACAGGUGUCACAAUACACAUGUCACAGGUGUAACAAUACACAUGUCGUACGUAUGCCACAGUACAUGAGUCAUACUAAUGAAUAAUCUUCCCACACAAGGAAAUGCUUCGUCCGUCGUUUUAUGAAGAUGUGUGAAGCCGUGACUAGACGACUGCUUGCGUCGUCCCCUUCCCGUCGUAGACGACAACUGCCUCUGCAAGUCUCCCUCAAGUUGUCACCAGGAAAGCAAACGGCGACAACUCUUUACUCAAGAGUCCUCCACCGUCAGUUUUCCCGAUGUCUCGUCACACUGUCACCAAGACAGAGAUACAGGGGAUGUUGAGAGGAAAUAUAAAUGUUAGUCUAGAAUACCGUUAGGCUAUAAUAUAAUUUGUUAUAUAAUCUUUCGUAGUGGGAUUGAGAGACAGAUUAGACCAAUAGCAGAUCAGUGCGGAGGAACGCAAGUCACAAUACCGUGGCUGUAACAAUCGACAAUUAACUCACAAUACUGUGGUUGGAACAAUCCAUAAAUAAACCACAAUACCGUGGCCGGAACAAUCCAUAAAUAACCCACAAUACUGUGGCCGGAACAAUCCACAAAUAACCCACAAUACCGUAGCUGGAACAAUCCAUAAAUAACCCACAAUACCGUGGCCGGAACAAUUCACACAUACCCACAAUACAGUGGCUGAAACAAUCCACAACUAAUCCUACGCUUAGGAGAGGAAAUUUUCGACGACGUUUCGGUCCUGGGUUAUCGUCAGAUCAUCGUGAAAUCUUGUCAGAGUAAAGCGAGAGAGUGGAAGAGCGCCUCGUGCGCCGGACCAGCCGUUAUGGACCGCCCUCGGGGGCGAAAAUGCGAAGGAAAUAAACUUGGCAAGAAUGAAGAACCGCAGAAUAAGAUGGAGAAACCAGCGGAGCGCGUAAUAAGGAAAGGUGUGCGUGAACUAGGAUUCUGGGGCCACUGCUGGAGACUCCACAACCACUAAAACGACUCUGGCUUCAUGACGACCUGCUCUUGCAGUCUCCAGGAGUAAACCUGCCUCACCAACGACCCUGCUGUGGAGGUUUGAUGAUCAGGCACAACCCUGACUAACCAGUGACCUGCUCAUACAGUCUUCAUGAACCUUGCCUCUCUUACGACUUUCUUGAGGAGUCUUGAUCAAGUACGACCCCCGCCUACCCAGAGACUCCCUGCAGCCUCCACGAGCUCUGCCUUACCCUACGCUCUGCUGCCACAGAAAAAUACACAGCAUCUAGGUGAGAUAUGCUGCCUCCAGCCACACAGCAUCCGGAGGAAGGAGAUGAUCAAGAGAUAGUGUGUCUUUCCAGUGAGGCUCGAGAUUUUCCCAAAAGAGAAGUGCUGGUGGGGUAAACAAACCAAGGUAGCAGGUGGUAUGCAAGAUAUUAUCCCGAUUUCCCCACAACAUAAUGUUAAAUAUGAUCCCACUGACUAAAACAGUGCCUGUAUAAGAAAAAUUUUAGGUAUAUAUUUGUUUUGUCAGACAUAUUCGUGUAUUUUUUCAGUGGUAAAAGAGAGCGAAAAAGAGAGAGGUACCUUGCAACAAAUGCAAUGUUGUGAUGCCCUCCAACACUGUCUCUCAGUAGUUAUCUUGCUGUUGUUAAUAACACUGUGGGAUUCUUGAAGAUGUCCUUUAAACUGUGUAUGAUACAUGAAUGUGUCCUUUAAACUAUGUGUGAUACAUGAAUGUGUCCUUUAAACUGUGUGUGAUACAUGAUCGUGUUCUUUACGAUCGUCCAUGACAGUAACUUAUAAAGCCUUCAGUGUGGAAAGGCAGAAGAAACUUUGGCUUACACUGGACAGUGAGAAAGUAAUCGUAUGGAAUAUACAAAAAUCGUAUUUGUAAAUCGCUUGUUUUCCACUCUUGAAAAUUCACUGAAGAUGCAUAAACUUAAAACAUAUGUGAAUCCCAAAUAACAAUUCCUCCUCACGGGUAGUUUUAAAGUCUGUUUUCUUAGCGAUGGACGAACGUUGUACGACUAGCGAUAGCAGAUGUGUAAAUACCACUUGUGAACUUAAUGUCAACAGAUGUGGCUCUUGUACAGAAGUGAACACCGACCGUCUCACAUUCACACAGAUGUAUAUUACAUCGCAAUAUACAUUAAAAACAUUGUAAUUUUACAUUAAAUGCAGAACAAAUUACUCUUUCGUAAUUUCUGAUAAUAAAUCGUCUCUUUCGAAGUGAUUUUUGAAAGAUGUGGUGAUUUAUGGACAGUAUUACAGAGGGACGAACAGAGAAACUGAAACACUAAACUUACAAUAGUUUCAGCGAUAUAUUAAAGAAAGUUUAGAAUGCACAACUGUUUUAGAAGAGAUAGUUCAAGGAAGCUGAAAAAAACAAUUUGCGAGUGAACAGUAGUAGGAGUGUGCAGGAUAUGUACCAGUAACAUUGUACCAGUAACAUUGUACCAGUGAGUAACAUUGUACCAGUAACAUUAUACCAGUGAGUAACAUUGUACCAGUAACAUUGUACCAGUGAGUAACAUUGUACCAGUAACAUUGUACCAGUAACAUUGUACCAGUAACAUUGUACCAGUGAGUAACAUUGUACCAGUAACAUUAUACCAGUGAGUAACAGUGUACCAGUAACAUUAUACCAGUGAGUAACAUUGUACCAGUAACAUUAUACCAGUGAGUAACAUUGCACCAGUAACAUUGUACCAGUAAGUAACAUUGUACCAGUAACAUUAUACCAGUGAGUAACAUUGUACCAGUAACAUUGUACCAGUGAGUAACAUUGUAUCAGUGAGUAACAUUGUAUCAGUGAGUAACAUUGUACCAGUAACAUUGUAUCAGUUAGUAACAUUGUACCAGUAACAUUCUACCAGUGAGUAACAUUGUACCAGUAACAUUGUACCAGUAGCAUUCUACCAGUGAGUAACAUUGUACCAGUAACGUUGUAUCAGUGAGUAAUAUUGUUCCAGUAACAUUGUAUCAGUGAGUAACAUUGUGCCAGUGACGUUGUAUCAGUGAGUGACAUUGUUCCAGUAACAAUGUAUCAGUGAAUAACAUUGUACCAGUGAGUAACAUUGCAUCAGUAAGUAACAUUGCAUCAGUGAGUAACAUUAUAUCAGUAAGUAACAUUGUAUCAUUGAGUAACAUUGUACCAGUGAAUAACAAUCCAUUAGUAAGUAACAUUGUACCAAUUGUACCAGUGAGUAACAUUGUACCAAUUGUACCAGUGAGUAACAUUGUACCAAUUGUUCCAUUGAGUAACAUUGUACCAAUUGCACCAGUGAGUAACAUUGUACCAGUGAAUAACAAUCCAUCAGUAACAUUGUACCAGUAACAUUGUACCAGUGGGUAACAUUGUACCCGUGAGUAACAUUGUAUCAGUAACAUUGUUUAAGUGAGUAACAUUGUAUAAGUAACAUUGUACCAGUGAGUAACAUUGUCGUACAAAACAGGCAUCAGCAGCAGUGAGUAGGAAUGCCAAGACUGGAGAACUAGAGAGAACAAGAAGUGGCUGUUGGAGUGUGAGAGCAUCCCUGAAGGAGCUCUCGGGAAGAACCCUUGCAGGAUGACGACCACAGCCGAGGUGAUGACUUGCAUGGUCCUGAUAUUCGUCUCCCUGGUUACUCAGUCUUCCAGCUCAGAUAUGGGUGUGAGUCUGGGCUGGAACUGGGAGAUGUGGUGGACUUACGAUGGAAUAUCAGGUCCAGAGUUCUGGGGUGUCAUCAACCCAGCCUGGGCUAUGUGUUCUGAGGGCCGGAGACAAUCACCCAUCAACCUUGACCCACGUACCCUUCUUCAUGACCCAAACCUCACUCCUAUCUCUCUCGACAAGACUCAGGUGAGUGUCUCAAACCCCACUAGAGCCCAUAGCCCCACGCCAGGGGCACAUAAACUCAAACCAUUCCGCCUUUUUGAAAUAAAAUUGUGGCUUUGUAUCAGCUCAUUUCAGGUCAUUCCAAAUAUCAAUAUUCAUAGGUGUUGUUGUCCACCGCAGCUGCAGAUCUAUGGAUACAACGCACAGCUCUACAGAAACUUCAGCCGGGCAGCCAGUCAGGUGUACGGGGUCGUGGCUGUGGCUGUGCUGAUCCAGCUGGGUGACCGCACCUCCCCUGCUCUCUCUACCAUGCUGGAAGCCCUGCCAACAGUCAAGUAUGGUGGUUCGUCGUCAGCAGUGCACCAACUGUCAGUGAGAGAGCUCCUGCCCACUACUGAACAAUACCUCACCUACGAUGGUUCCCUCACCGUACCUGGCUGCUACGAGACGGUCACAUGGAUCCUUCCUAACAAACCCCUCUACAUCGCCUUCAGCCAGAUGCGGGGAUUGAGACGACUCAAGCAAGGUUCGUCUGACUUCCGAAGAAACGCUCCGGUAGCCAACAACUUCCGGCCGCUGCAGUCUGCCCAUCACCGCACCGUCCGCACCAACAUUGACUUCUCCGACACCCAGGGAAAGAAGUGUUCAGUAUCAGAGCCAAAAUUCCACUACCGAGCAAAUGACUGGCUUCAUUCCUGACCAUGAACCUGGGAAAAUAAAUGUACAUACUAUAAGAAGAAACAGAAAAUCGAUGUUUUUAUAAUGUAAAUAACUUUUUUUUUGCCAUUCCUUAUAUAUAUUUUGUUACAUUGGAGAAUUGUCUCUUCAUUCGUAACGUACGAAUAUUACGAUGUAUUCUUCUGGCAAUA